CCUACGGCGCGGAUAUGACGGAAGUUUAGACGGUUGCUCUGGGUGAACGAAAGGACCAGUGACAGUAUCGCAUCAAACAAGAAAUUAUUCUCUCCCCCUAAAUGAACCCAGUUUCCCCUUUCCCCCUACAAAUGGCGUCCAAUUCUAAUAUAGAUAUCGAGGGUGCGACCCAGCAUCUCCGGGACAUCCUCAAGCUCGACCGUCCCGGGAACAGCACCGAUGCAUCAAGUGAUGGCCUGAGAAUGCCAUCUUUCAAUGGAGAGCUGAAUGGGUUAUUGGGAGCAGCAGGCCUUCUGGGAGGCACUGAUCGGUCAUCCAUGUCAGACUGUACCCAACCCAUCUCCACAGACCUCAGCAGCACUCAGGAGUGUCAGAUAAUCUGCCUUUCUGGUGAUGAUGGCUCCACCUGUUUCCCCAUCACCUCCAACAAUGUGGAGAUAGUGGCAAGUCAAGAUACCAGCAUCAACAGCAAGGCACGUGGCAGCAACAAGGUGAAGAUUCAACCUGUUGCCAAGUACGACUGGGAACACAAGUAUUAUUAUGGCAGACUGAUAGCCGUGUCCAACUCCUUCCUGGCCUACGCCAUCCGAGGAGCCAACAACCACGCAAUGAUUCGUGUCCUGAGCGUGAGUUUUGCCGAGCGCUCUCUACUGAAGGGCUUCACCGGAGCUGUUACAGAUCUAGCUUUUGCCCACCUGGACUCCUCGCUGUUGGGCUGUGUAGACGAAGCGGGCAACCUGAUGGUCUGGCAGCUCACCUGCACUGGAAGCAAGAUACUUGAUCAGAUUGUGGUUCAUAUCCGACGGCCAGAAGACUCACCGCUGAACUCCCACCGUCGCCUCAUCUGGUGCCCGUUCAUCCAGGAUGACAACGAGGAGAACCAGGACGACACCAGCCAGACCCUAGCCCUCCUACAUGAAGACGUGGCUGAGGUGUGGGACCUGGAGGUCUUGAGAGCCAACCACAGCAGUUGGCCCGUCGAUGACACAGAUGUAAAAGAAGGCCUCAUCACAAUCAAGGGACAUACCCAGCGGGUCAGUGAGGGGGCCCUGUCUCCAGAUGGAACCGUGUUAGCCACAGCCAGCCACGAUGGGUACAUCAAGUUCUGGCAGAUAUACAUAGAAGGGGUACAGGACAAGCCGAGAUGUCUUCAUGAAUUGCGGCCCCACGGAGGACGUCCCCUCUCCUGCCUUCUUUUCUGUGAUAACCACAAAAGACAGGACCCCGAAGUUCCUUUCUGGCGGUUUCUUAUAACUGGAGCGGAUCAGAACCAGGAGUUGAAAAUGUGGUGCACUGUUUCCUGGACCUGCUUACAGACCAUCAGGUUUUCUCCAGAUCUGUUCAAUUCAUCAGUUCUGCCAAGUCUGAAGGCCAGUCUGGACCUCGCUGCUGAGUUUCUCAUCCUCACCGACGUACAGAGAAAGGUCCUGUAUGUGAUGGAGCUGCGGCAGGAUCUGGAUAAAGGCAAGGCCAGUUUCACAGCGGUGUCGGAGUUCCUGCUGACUCACCCUGUACUCAGCUUUGGGAUCCAGGAUGUUGCCCACUGCCGAUUGCGACACACUGAGGUUCUCCCUGCAGAGGAGGAGAGUGAGAGUAUGACAACAGAGGGCACUCAAGGACCAACAGAGUCCAAGUCUGGGAUCCAAAUUAAACUCUACUGUGUCCACACCAAGAGUCUGCAGGAUGUCCAGAUCUGGUUUCAGCCAUACUUGGGUUCGAGCUCUGCUUUAUUCCUGCCCCAUUCUGAUUCUCAGGAUGGAUUUGCAGGGUUUUCAGACCAUCUCACUGACCAGAGCUCCGACAAGGAAUCAGGAAAUGGCUCCCAGACCGACCUAAGGAAGAUCCCAUCACUUCCUGCUCCAACUGACUUCCUGUCAAACUCGGUUGCCAGCAGUGGGACCAAGCUGAUGACUCCUGAUGCCUUCAUGACACCAAGCACCUCGGUACCGGCUUCUCCUGGCAGCAGCGCCAGCAGUCUGACCAUCGUGACAGCUAUGAGCACCAACUCAGACUCAACUAACAGAGCUAUGGACGAAGUCAGUCAGAGUCCUAACAGAGCAGAUAACAUCAACAGCAGCAGCAGUAGUCUGGCACUCUCCACCUCCACCAGCAGCCCAAGAGCUGUUUCUGCUGUGCUGCUGCCUGGACUAGAGAGCCUACAGGCAAUAGCGUCCCCUAGCGGUCCUCUCGCACUGGACAGCCCUCAGGUUCUGGAUUCUCCCCUCCUGCCCCCUCUGGCCUCUCCGACCAGGGCCCGCUCCCCGGACGUCAUCUCCUCGGCCUCCACAGCCAUGUCCCAGGACAUGCCAGAGAUCGCAUCCCAGACCCUACAACUUCAGCGCAGCCUGGUGUCCAGUUUGGAGCCGUUGCCUCUCUCUGCUCUCCAGACGGACAGCAUGGCGUCUGCUGCAUCUGCCCUGCACCUACUCACCUCACCACGCACAUCCAACAAUGGCCUGUUGCCCCCUGAACUCGGAGGUGCUGAUGGGCCAGUGGGCGGGUCAGUGGAGUCUGAGCCAAGACUCAGUCACACCCCGUCUUUACUGGAGAACGCCUUAUCGCAGGAGAACCCUGGGGUCGGCGGUGGGUCUUCAGAUGGCGGUGUUAGCCACACACCUUGGCCAGCUGCGCCUGAUAUCACCAGAGAAACCAGGAACAGUCUCAGGGACAAUGGUCUUGGAGACUGUUCAAGAGAGGAGUCGAAGGACAGACACUUGAGCUCACCUUACCACCGACGCUCCUAUCACCUCACCCAGAAUGACAGUCAGGACGCUGGUGGAGAGCAGAGUGACCCCGAUGAUGAGGUGGCCAACCUGGCAUCAUCCUCAGCAAAUUGUGGCUCUCGUUCUUCUCACAGACUGCCAGUUAAGGACUGGAAGACCUCACCACGAGCCUCGCCAAAAGUGAAGAGGAAGACCAAGAAAGAUGACAGUGAAUUGUCUCAGUCCAGGCAAAUGGAUUCUGGUCAGAUGAAUGCUGAAGUACAGGACGAGCUGUUGAUGCUGCUGCGUAGCCAGCAGAGGGAGUUAACUGACCUGCGUGGGCAGAUUGAAGCCAUGCAGAGCACCAUCAUGGCCCAAGUAGAGCACGUCCUCACCAACCACCAGGAACAAGAGCAGCGCAGACUAGAGCGAGUUCUGGCAGAGAGUCAGAACCAUCAGCAGCAGCUUCAGGAACAACUCAGCCAGCAGCUCAGCAACACCCUCAGCUCGGUGCUAACCAACAGGAUGGACAAAGUGCUACGAGAGGAAAUGAAGAAGACUGUCCCACAAUCAAUCUCUAAGAGUCUGGAGCCAGUGACGGGGCAGCUGAGCAACACAAUCGCUGCCAAGCUGACUGCUGUGGAGAUCACCCUGAAGGACAAUGUCAGCAAGGUGGUCAAAUCCAAGAACACAACUGAUGCCAUUGGUCGAGCAGCGGCCGAAGCGAUGCAGGGGCCCAUCCAGGCAGCCUACAAAGACGCCUUCCAGGGCAUCGUGCUGCCCGUUUUUGAGAGAGGCUGCCAGUCCAUGUUCCAACAAAUCAACGACAGCUUUAAACAAGGCACACAAGAAUACAUCCAGCAGCUCGAGAGCCACAUGAAGAGCAAAAAGCAGAGAGAGCAGGAGACACGAGACCCCUUGAUUAGCCAGCUCCAGCAGACGAUCGACAGCUUCCAAAGCUCCACCGAUCAGCUGGCCAACAACAUCACGGCUAAUGUGCGGGCAGAGGUCCAGCACCAGAUCCAGCAGAUGGUGGGAAAUUUGCAGGAGUCUAUUCUUAGCCAUGUGCAGCGAAUCGUCAAAGGGGAGGUGAGCAUGGCGAUGAAGGAGCAGCAGGCAGUGGUGACCUCCAGCAUCAUGCAGGCGAUGAGGUCGGCGGCCGGCACGCCCGUCCCCACAGCGCACCUCGACUACCAGACGCAGCAGGCCAACAUGCUGCAGCUCCUCCAGCAGGGCCAGCUGAACCAGGCCUUCCAGCAGGCUCUGUCGGCGACUGAUCUGAACCUGGUCCUGUACGUGUGUGAGACCAUCGACUCUCAGCAGGUGUUUGGUCAGCACCCCUGCCCUCUCAGCCAGCCCGUGCUGCUGUCGCUCAUCCAGCAGCUCUCCUCCAACCUUACAACCCGCUCUGAGCUCAAAAUCAGCUACCUGGAGGACGCCGUGAUGAAUCUGGACCACGGCGACCCGCUGACCAGAGACCACAUGUCCUCGGUGCUGGCCCAGGUCCGACCGAAGCUCUUCACCUUCCUGCAGCAGGACCCCCACAGCCCCCUCAGCAAGAGGGCCCGGCGCCUGAUGAUGAUGCUGCAGGGUCUCGUCAGCCACUAGUCCCUCAUUAAAAGAGGGGCGGUGCAGGAGAGUCGUCUCCUCAUAGGUAACGGAUCAUCACGAGUUCUUUUUUUUUUUUUUUUUUUUGUUGUGAGUCCACAACAACUUCACCCCACCUUCCCUUUCUGAGCAGUUUCUCGGGGCUGAGGACGGGAGGUGCUGUUGGGUGGAAAUAGAAAACAAAGGCUCCUAAAUGACUGAGUUUGUUUGGUUUAAGAUGACGGUUCCUUUCAGCCCACCUGUCCCUCCACACAGAUCGAAAUCCAGCUCUGUCUCCCCCGGUUCCUUUUGUUCCUGUUCUACCUGCACCAGUGAAGUGUCAAGUUAGGUAAUAGAAGCAGUUUUUGUUUCCGUUAGUUUUUUUUUUUCCUGGACACACACUUUAAUACAAGACAAUAAUGGUCUGGACAACACCUAAGUCCGCUGUAGAUUCUUCAAGACCUUCGUUACUGCUGCUUCCCCCCCUAUCUAGCAUUCUGGUCGUCUCUCAUCCCUUUUUAUCCCGAACCGAGAAACUGAAAACAGCAGCCAGAGAGGCUGAAAUUUCUGGUCGUCCCCGUUUCCCAGACACACCGUAACCCGACGCUCUUUUUGAUGUUGCUUCAUCGAACUGUUCAUAAGACUCAAAGAAUGUUCAGCCAAGAGGUCCACAAGACCCGUUUCUUUCGUUCUGCCGUGUUCCUCUGACCCGUCAGUCAGACGUGUUGAGUUUUGGGAUACCGAAACAAGCCGUGAUGCAGGGGCUUCUCCUGAGCAACAGGAGGAGCAGUGCGAUAAAAGAAGGCAUGUCUCUGUUCAAUGUGUCGCAUUGUAUCUUGGCCUUAAGAGCAAACAGCAAGCUUGGACACUUUUUUUAUUUUUUUUUAUUUAAUUUUUUUCCUCUCCAACACAGACCAGAAUCCUCGCUAGACCCAACUUGGAAAUCAGCUGCUGCAGGAUAACGAUGUCCUCGGUUCGUUUUCAUUUUUUUUAAACAUCCAAGCUAAUCCCGGCAACCAAAAAGUAUGUAACACUCGGAGACAUUUCCUGUCGGCGGCGUAUUUCGUUUCAGUUAUUUCCUAAUAGGUUGGAGAUGACAACCUUGCCAGGCCGAAUGCUUCUCGUGCUUUUGAAGAGGAUCAACAUGCUGAAUUGUUCUACUGAAAGUUAAUUGACUCUGUUCCUGCGUUGUUAUUCAGGGUGGAAACUGUGUCUCGCACUUUCUCCAUCUGGCCUUGUUUUCACAAAUCAUUCUAACGAGAGGUCUCCGACGGAUACUAAAAAGAUUACAGGAUGAGAAAUAACAUUUUUUGAAAUGGAACAAGUAUUUGCGCAGGUCCUCCCGGCUGAAAAGAAUUCCCCUUUAAAAAAUCUGAAAUUUUUGGAGCUCGACAUCGAGUUUUGGCAGCCGUCCAUGUGUACAGCUCUGUCAUGUAAAUUGAUCAGACUUCUCCCCAUGUUUUCCUCUGUGUCCCCCCUUUUUUUUUUUAUUAUUAUAUAUAAACAUUUAGCAUUCGUAAGAGUUGUAUACUUGCUUUAAGAGGUGUCAAACUAGUUAUAAUACAUAAUUAAACACUUCCUAAAUAUAAAUGGUCACCGAUGAUGUUCUUUUUAUCAGGUUAUUCCAAAUAAUGUUUGUAAACUUAAUGUGCAGUUACUUCUCAUAGGCUCUAGGAGGCAGCACUUAGUUGGACUGCAGAUGUGCACCCCUUCUUGUCAUAUUAGUUAAAUCAUUCCUGCUCCUUCAGAAUCAGUUUUACCAAACAUUUGAAAAAAAAAAAAAACUGCACCAGUCUGUUUCUUCUUUAAAGCGUAUUAAAAAGUGUAUGAUCAUUUGUGUACAGCCCAUUUACACACGUCAUUGUUUAAACUGCAGGGUGGCCACACUGUUUUUUGCUGAUUGGAAAAUAAAGGUUCUGUUCAUUUGACCUCUGUGUUUAGAUCUCUGUUAAGGUUGGGUUUGUCUAGCGAAGUGCCUUAUUGUAAUCUUCAUGUUUGAUCCCGUUUGGGCUCUUUAGACAACUUGCAAUGUUUGAGCAUCAUCCCAUAGCGGCUCCUUUUUACUUUGACAAGCAUUUGUGUCGUUAAAUAAAGUUGACGGAUCUGAACGCCAAACAUUUGACCCCCGGGGCAGCUGAUUUGGACAGACAUCUGAAUGAUCAUGAAAAAGAGAGUGGAGAGAGAUACUAUUCUGACUACUACCACCCUCACCUUUCAGUUCCUGACCCCGUUUAUUGUCCUCGGGGUAGAAGGAUGGGUCGACUCCCAAAGUGGGAGCUGUGUGUGAGAAACAACUAGUCUGUAUGUUAUUUUUAUUUUCUCUUUCCAUUCUGCUUGGAUGCUUAUGUUGUAUCUUUUACAGUUUAUUUUACCCUAAACAUUUGGAAUAAAAAAAACGACU